UCAGCCUGGCAAAAGCAGCAAAAAUGAAGCCCAUCACACGUUUUUUAUUGGGGCUCACUAGUUUAGUGUGCGUGUCGUUCACCUACUGGCUGGCAAUGGAACAUUACUGGCAACCCAUUGCCUUUCAAACUACCGCAGCAACGAACGAGAGCGAGGUCGGCCCUCCAGCGCCCGAAGCAGCGCGUCUGCGGUUGCCUACAACGUCGCAAGUAGAUGGCACGCACUUGGGGUACCUCAUCGACACACCAUCUUGCAGAAUGCCUGACUACGAUCCUUAUGACGUCAGCAUCAAGAAAUUCAUUGAAAAGCCAUUCAAGAUGGUCUGCAAUCCUGAGAAUUUGAGCCCCUUUACCUUCACUGAAGGAUUCAGGAUCAAGAUUAAUGAGGACCCCAAAUUAAUGGCACAUUACGAUGUGACGCUCGACUCGCUGUCCUGCUGUGUUCACGAGAUCACCAGGACCACGCAAUCCUUCAAAAAGUUCGAUGCGGACUGUGAUAACAAAUACAAAUUGGACUGCUACAAGAAACAAAAAGCUAACUUCGACAGUUGUCCUUUCAUUUGGAAGAACUUCUCCGCUCAAGGCUACGCAACGGUGUACUCUGAAGACGCACCCAGUAUGGGACUCUACCACUACGAAAAAAUCGGAUUUGUCCAACCCCCUGUUGAUUUCUAUGCUCGCCCAUACAUGUUGCUCUCUGAAAAAGAGAUCGGCCAUCCUAAAGCUCAAAACCACUACUGCUAUGGUCUUCAGGCCAGUACGGAGGUAGUUUACGAUCAAAUUAUGAGGGCUCUGGAUAACCUAUCCGAUGAGGUGCCUGUAUUUGGGCACUUCUGGAGCGCCACUUACACACACGAUCGUAAUCAGGACGCAGCCCCUCUAGACAAACCCACACUACGUUUCCUAGAAAAGUUUACACAAUCACCUCAUCGUAAUAACACCAUUCUUCUCUUCUUCAGUGACCACGGCCUUAGAUUUGGCGACAUACGAUCUACCUACCUUGGUGCCUUGGAAGAAAGGUUACCUUUCGUAACCAUGCUAUUUCCUCCAUGGUUUAAAGAUGAGUUUCCGGAAACAUGGCGUAACUUACUAACCAACCAACGACGCUUGACGAACAACUACGACCUCCAUAGCACCCUUCUCGACAUAUUACACGGGGCCUAUAAUGCCUCAUUAGACCUUAAAACACCUGCUGGACGGGGACAAAGCCUAUUUCUGGAGGUUCCAACGAACAGGACGUGCGAAUCAAUUCAUAUUCCAUGGCAUUACUGCGCCUGUCAGUCUUCCUUACCUGCGAACACUCAUAAUUCGGACGUCAAGCAAGCGGCACAAGUUCUCACGCAAGCCAUAAAUAAGCUUAUUGAAGAACACUCCGAGUGUUCUAGGUUGGAAAUCAAGGAAAUCAUUAGUGCUCGAGAGUACCGGAAUCACGAGAAAUUCGGCGAAGGAACCGUCACGAAAAAACUAGAUAAGUGGACGAUGUAUUCCGUGAUGAUCGAAACCACGCCAGGAGGCGGCCAUUUCGAAGGAUCUGUCGUCAAGGGACACAACAAGUCUUGGAAAGUUUUAGAAGACAUUUCACGGAUAAAUCUGUACGGAAACCAAAGCACUUGUAUUGAAGACACGGAACUGAAGAAAAUAUGUCACUGUAGAUAACAAAAAAUUAUUACCACCGUCCUACCCUAUCAUAAUAACAUACGCUCUACUUUGUAAUGUCUAUUCCAUGCCUGAGUAACGUCAUGGGCGCCAGCAAUGUUAGAAUUGAGUCUAUCUGUCGUAUGUGACCUCGUAGCAGGAGUUUCGAUUUCCUGUGUUGUCUUGAUUCGUGUGAAGCUUUGACUUUCAUGCGUGUAUUCAACUGCUAAUGCUCAGAUUCUUACGGGGUUUUGGUAAACAAAAAUUUUUUCAA